UUCUAGAACUUCAUUGAUCGAAUUGAUCGAAAGCAUAUUUUUUAUUGCUGGUUGGUGCUAUUUUCCACUUAUUUUAUCCAAGUAAAAUAUGCAGGCUGUACGUCCUCUUGCUAAUCUGACUGUUCGCAACGCUGCGUUGCUCAGCCGUGGAUAUCAUGGGCCAAGCAAUUUUCGUGUGUUUACGAUGAACGACAUGCCCGUGCCGGAGGGUGAUUUCUUCGAAGAACAUCGCCGCAAAAAUCGCACUUACAACGCUGUCCUUGCUGCUGGAAUUGUCAUAUUCGGCAUUACCUUCACUAUCGCAAAAGAAUCUGGACUAAUUUAUUUCAACUAUAACCCACCAAAGAGCAUUGAUUAGAAAGUUUUCCUUCAUGUUUAGCCAACAUCUGACAGCGUGUUGUAAAUGUAAUAAAUAAUAACCUCUUCACUUCCGUGCAUAUAUGCGUCUGUCUAGAAUG